GAAAUUUAUUUUAUUAGCCUUCAAAUAAAAACAAAAACAGUUUUAAAAUUUGAAACUAUGGGAACCAUUACAGAUUUAUUAAACUCACGAAUAAUGGAAUCGCAAGAUAAAAAAUUGUAUUUGGGAGCAGUGAUUCACUCACAAAAUCAGAAUCAAGUUACAAUCAUACCUAAAGCAGUUCUUGUUGUUAUUGAUGGCAAGGUUGCAGCUCUAGAGCCCUUAAUGGAAAAUAGUCAAAUGGGAGAUAUAAUUUCUAGAUUUGAACCAAACAUGAUUACCAAAUUGCAUGACACACAAUUUAUAAUUCCAGGGUUCAUUGACACACACAUCCAUGCUCCCCAGUUUCCAAAUGCUGGUGUUGGCUACAACAUGCCAUUGCUUGAGUGGCUGAAUAGGUACACCUUCCCUCUUGAGAGCCAAUACCAUGACGUGUCGAGAGCUAAGGUGGUUUAUUGUGACGUUGUGAAAAGAACCUUGAGAUGUGGCACCACAACCGCAGCCUACUUUGGCACCAUCCAUGCAGACAGUUGUAUAAUGCUGGCCGAGGCAGCUCGUUUAAGUGGUCAGAGAGCACUAGUAGGGAAGGUCUGCAUGGACCAGAACUGUCCAGCAGAUUUAAAAGAAGAAACUGAACAAUCAAUACAAAACACAGAAGUCUUCAUAAAUACACUCCUUAACAAUGGGGAUGCACUGGUAAGGCCCAUAAUAACGCCAAGGUUUGCUCUGACGAGUUCAGAAGAGCUUAUGUCUCGUCUCGGUCAGCUCGCCAACAGAUUUGACCUUCACAUUCAAACCCAUCUUUCUGAAAAUGCAGACGAGGUAAAAGAAGUGAAGAAAAAGUUCCCAAAUGCUAAAAACUAUGCAGACGUAUAUGAAAGAGCCAAAUUACUGACUAGAAAGACCAUCGUGGCACACUGUGUACACCUCGAGGACAGUGAGAUAGAGUUGUUGAGAGAGAAGAGAUGCAGUGUGGCCCACUGCCCUGACUCCAACUUGUGCUUGCGCAGUGGCUUAUGUGAUGUGCGCCGACUUCUAAACGUAGGAGUCAAUGUAUCUUUGGGAACAGACGUAGCCGGAGGGUCAAGUCACUCCAUGCUAGACACGAUGAGAAGUUGCAUCAAUACGUCCAUUGCGCUUUCAUUUAUCUAUCCAGACUACACACCUUUAUCAUAUCACGAAGCAUUUUACCUUGCCACUAUGGGAGGUGCAAAAGCACUAGAUAUGGAGGACAAGUUAGGCAAUUUUGAAGUUGGCAAAUGGUUUGACGCCAUGGUGGUGGACACAAGAAACUACCCGAUGACUUUGAAUCCUCAACUUUCUAUUAGUGAACUGUUCGAGAAGUUCAUUUAUAUGGGAGACGAUCGGAACAUCCACCGUACAUAUGUGAAUGGCAAAAAUGUACAAGUGCAUUUCUAAAAUUGUGGAUAGGGAUAUCUGUCCCACUGCUGACUAUUCUGCCCUUUAGUAACCUAUGUAAACAUUUUUCCUUCAUUUAGGUGCUAAUAAUAAAUACCAAAUGUAUUGUUCCUUAAAGUUAGAAUUAUUCAUUUACUUUUCCUAAACUUGAAUUAAUUUUAAUUGUUUAAGGAAUGUAUUUAGUUAUUACUUUUGUCAAACUUAUAUUCCUCUGUUUUUGAAUUUAUGUUUUUUGGAAGGUGUUUUGCAAUAAAUUUUGUCCAUGUUUGAAUGACAUGUUUAAAUAGAAACUAGACAUAUUUGGCCCACUUCAACCUUUUGUGAAAAGGAUUGGAGCUGUGGUAUUUGUCAUUCUAUGACGAUUGAAGUUUAAAUUGAUCAAAAGGAAAGUGAUUGAUAAAAACUAUAUUAUCAAAAUAAAAUAAACAACUCAAGUAACAUGAACAAAACCAGCUGGCAAAUUAUUAACUCUGAAGUCGGUAAGGCAAAAGCAGAUAACCACAUUACUAGUGUUCAUAGUAACAAUCAAUGUUGUUCAGACCCUUAUGUUAUAUGUAAUUCAUUUAACAAUUAUUUUACUGAUUUGGUUGACACAAACAUUGUUCCUAAUUUGGAUUCACUUGUUAGGGAUGUAAAGGACAGUGUAAAAGUAGUUGAGUCAGAUUAUAUAAUUCCGGGUUUUCAUUGUAUACCUGUUGAUGAGAAAGAGAUAGACGAAAUAAUAAGUCAUCUUAAAAACUCAUUUAGCACCGGCUAUGAUGAGGUCCCUGUGGUGCUCAUCAAAAAAGCAAAAUUACCCCUCAGAAAACCUAUAGCUCAUUUAGUAAAUUCUUCCUUUGUAUCAGGCAUUUUUCCUAAUAAACUAAAAAUUUCUAAAUUAAUUCCAUUGUUCAAAAAAGGAGAUAGAUAUGAAUUAUCAAACUACCGUCCAAUUGCUCUGCUUCCGGCCAUGUCCAAAAUAUUUGAGAAAGCCAUGUACAACCGUUUAUAUAGCUUCCUGGAAAGUAAUCACCUUUUUGAGGACUGUCAACAUGGAUUUUGAAGUGGUAGAUCAGUUGUGACAGCUGCUACAGAGUUUUUAGAGUCAGUUAUUGAUUGUUUGGAUGCAAAACAAAAGGCUCUUGGUAUUUUCAUUUAUUUAACCAAGGCAUUUGACUCUAUAAACCACAAUCUACUUUUAAAUAAAUUGUCUAGCAUCGGAGUAAAAAAUAAAUCUCUUCAAUGGCUAGAAUCAUACAUUAUUUGUAAUAGAAAACAAUUUGUAGAAACUAUCCAAUUCAAUAAUCAAAUGAAAAUUACUCACAAGUCAAAAAUUAGAACUAUUAAACAUGGUGUACCACAGGGAUCCAUCUUGGGUCCCCUUCUAUUCAUUUGCUAUGUUACAAACCUACCAGGGCUGACUAAAUCUAGCAAACUUUACCUUUAUGCAGACGAUGUAAAUCUUACAGUUACCGCUAAUUCUAAAGAGGAAAUUGAAAAGACAGCUAAUGCUAAUCUAGAUAUACUUUCAAAUUUUUUCCAAAACAAUCAGUUACUUUUGAAUCCAGAUAAAACAAAGUUCAUAAAUUUUGAGACCCGUCAGACAAGACUUUCAAUUAAUCCUUCACUAGAAAUUAAUCAGAAACCUAUUGAAGAAUUAGAAAAUAUUAGAUUCUUAGGAUUUGAAAUUGACAAAAAUUUAACUUGGAAUUCUCACGCAAACAAAGUAAUAAAAAAAACUGUAUCUGGUCUAUUUGCAUUAACUAGAUUAAAAAAUCUUCUUGAUCAAGUAACAUUAAAAUCAAUAUACUUUUCGUGCAUACAUUCUGUUAUUUCUUUUGGAAUAUCUCUGUAUGGCGCUACAUCUAUCAAUAACUUAGAAACAAUCCUAAAAUUACAAAAACGAGCUAUAAGAAUUAUUUUGGACCUUGACUCGAGAACUUCAAAAGAGCAUUUUAGAUCAUUAAAAAUAAUGAUAAUGAAAUACAGUAAUGAUAUGGAUUGUACAUCUAUGAAACAGUUCUAUAUGUUAAAAACAGAUUUUCUCAAUUGGCGUUAACUGGUGAACACCACCACUACAAUACCAGAAACUAAACCAACAUUGCUCUAAACUGCCACAGAUUAGAACUUUACAGUAAAAAACCAAGUUAUACCGGCUCCAAAUUUUACAACAAAAUUCCAAAUUAAAUUAAAUCGGCAAAAAGCAUGGUCGGAUUUAAGAGGGAUCUUAAAACAUUUCUCAUCAACAAGGUAUUGUAUUCCCUUGAUGAACUUUAAAAUUUUAGAAGGAGCGUUAAUUUUUAAUUUGUAAAAACUUAUGUUAGAUUUUAAGAACUUUGUAUCCAUAGAAUAUAACAUUGUAAUAUAGAAACAUUUAAGAGAAUGACACUAUUCAUGUACUUUGUGCUUCAAUGAAUGAAGAAAUAUUGAAUUGAAUUGAAUUGAAUCUAGAUAAAGUUAACCUUUCCUAAAGGUAAUAUUUUAAAGACUGAAUCAUACUGUAAAUUUUAGAGGAUCAAUUUUUCAUGACUGUGUCAUUAAUAUUUUUCAAAACCAAACUGACUCAUACACACUCAUUAAUAUAAAUAAUAUGAACACACAUUAAUAUAAAUAUAUUGAACAAGAAAUUCAGGAUGAAAUAUUUUUAUUCCAAAAGAAAAAGAUACAAAUUUAUUACAUUGAUUGG